CAAAGACACAUGUAUGAGUUUCACUCUGUGUGUUAAGGAAAAAGGAAGCUAAAUGUGGAGUGAUUGAAAAAGAUGGGCGUUGGGUCAGAGGAAUAAAGGGAUGAUAGAAGGAUGGAGUUGCUGAAUGUGUAGGACAGCGCUUCCUCACAAUGCUGUAUACUUUGGCCGGAGGAGGCACGCUCUGCGGAGUGGCUGCCCUGGUGCUUCUUAUCGUCUCUACAGCUACAGACUUCUGGAUGCAGUAUCGAUACUCUGGUAGCUCAGCCAAUCAGGGGCUUUGGAGGUUCUGCAUCAACCACAAAUGCCACGCCCACACCAUAACUGUAGCUUUUUGGGAUGCCACCCGAGCCUUCAUGUUGCUGGCUGUCCUGAGCUGCUUCGCUGGCGUGGUGCUCGGCCUGAGCGCCUUCACCAACGGCACCAAGAACAGGAGGGUCCGCACGGGGGGCAUCGCCCUCGUCCUGUCAGGUUUUCUCGCCCUGCUGGCUCUGGCCAUUUACACCGGAGUGACCGUCACUUUCUUUGGCAAACGCUUCCUGGACUGGCGUUUCUCCUGGUCCUACAUUAUCGGCUGGGUGGCCAUCAUUUUGGCUUUUGCAGCAGGUGUGUUUCAGCUCUGUGCUUACCAGCGGACCACUGCAGAACCUGCUCCUUCAAACAACCCUGAGAGCUGAACAUGUUCACACUGAUUGGCUCGCAGACUGUUGCCGAAUAUUCCACUGCUGCUGCUUUUGAGUAUCUAGAAUGGAAUAAAUAGAAAUCAUGAAAUCCAGUGUGGUUGCAGUGAC